UUGUCCACCUCUUGUUGUUAUUUAAUUAUUUUUAUAUUAUUUUACCGAUUUUUCAAUGAAAACCUGACAAAAUGCUGUCGCGUAAAUUGCUAAACCUUCGUCUGGGGCACCUGACACGUCGCUGGGCCAGCACAGAUCCCCUGAGCAUCCAGAACGAGAAGCUGCAGGCGUAUCUGGAGUCUCUGCGCCAGGAGUACUACGCCGUGCGGGUAAAUGCAGCCGGAAACAGCAAUUCCUACGCCCGGCUCGCCCAGCUGGAGGGCGUGGUCAGUGCCCUGGAGCAGCGACGCGUCCUGGAGCGCCACAUCACCAGCGCCAAGGACAUGGAGCUGGAGAAGGACGAGGAUAUGCGCCAACUGAUGCGUGAGGAGAAUGAAGUCUAUGUGGAUCUGCUGGGCAAGCAAGAUCAGACUUUGCUGCAGGAACUGCUCGCCCUUUCGGAUGACGAGGUGUAUCCGGCACUGAUCUUCGGCCUGAAUGCCGGCGCCGGUGGACAGGAGGCCAUGUUGUUCGCCCAGGAGCUGUACGAGAUGUACACCAGCUUCUUCGAGCACAUGGGCUGGGAGUGGGAGGAGUUUGCCAGCGAGAGCACUGACAUAGGUGGCCUGCGCCAUGCCAGCCUGAUGGUGAGCGGCGAGGAUGCCUUCCGUUGGCUGCGUUAUGAGGCGGGAGUUCAUCGGGUGCAGAGGGUUCCAGCCACCGAGAAGUCUGGACGGAUGCACACCAGCACCGCCUCGAUCACCGUGAUUCCCCGUCCCGCCGACAUCCAAGUUCACAUUGCCGAGAAGGAUCUGAAGAUCGAGACGAAGCGGGCGAGUGGAGCUGGUGGGCAGCAUGUGAACACCACCGACUCUGCUGUGCGGAUUGUCCAUCUGCCUACCGGUCUGGCUGUGGAGGCGCAAUCGGAGCGCUCGCAACUGAAGAACCGGGAGCUGGCCAUGAAGCGUCUGCGCUCACGACUUGUGCAACAGCAACUGGAGAGCGUCGAGGCAAGCAAAAUGGCAACCAAGAAGGCGCAACAAGGAAGUCUUAACCGCAACGAGAAGAUUCGCACGUACAAUUUCGUCCAGGACCGGAUCACGGACCACAGGAUUCAAGGCGGCACGCUGCACAACCUUGACGGUUUCCUCAAGGGCGGCGAGCAACUGAGUGGACUCAUCGAAAAGCUGCAACUAGAGCAGCGAAAGGAGCGACUGAAGGAGCUGUUGGAUACGUGGCAGCCACCAGAAGAGGCCAUUAAGAAGAACUAGAGCUACUUUUAGUUUGUUACUACAUAUAUAUGCCUGCGUUUUAAAAGUAAAUAAGCCUGGUUUACCCUCAUCGUUUGCAAAAUAGAAAAACUUAGUUAUGAAAGGAAA